AUGGUAGGCGGUGCUCACAAAACUUUGAGAUUUAAAACGAAGCUCGGUAAAAAGCAAAAGCAAAACCGUACUUUACCUUAUUGGGUGCGUCAACGCACUGACAAUAAGAUCAGGUACAAUGCCAAGAGACCCGAUCAUAAAAAACCUGCCAGUUGUCCGAUCAUUGAACAAAUGAUUGAAAUCGGUUGGGGCUUGAAGUAG